AGAUAACCUGUGUUUUAUGUAAUUUUUUAUUUCAAUUUUUGAAAAUAAAAUAUGUGUGAUAGUGAUAACUUAGAAGAUCAAAGUGAUCAACCGUGUGCAAAGAAAGAGAAACUAGACUAUGGCAUACUACCAAGUCAUCAUUCCCAACAAUCAUCGCAGGGAUCACAACAUAUUCUUAUUGAAACUGGACGCCACCCUGAUCAUUCAAACACAAGGCAUACUAUCAAUCUUGUAACAACAAUAGAUGCUGUAUUUGUGAGAUAUCUUGAUGAUGUUCCGUCCAAUAUUUUUGUAAUGUACUUUAGUUAUCAUCGACCAAUCGUCACAGUAAUACCGGCAGAGGAAACAUCAAAUAUAACUAUUACUGAAAUCACGAAUGAAAAUAUUUAAAUUGUGGCCACUUGAUAUUAAUAUCGAACUUUUAUAUCACAUGUAAAUAAAUGUUUAUUAAAUAAAGUUACCAUUUUCUGUAAGAAAUUCGUAAUACUUCAUUUUUCCAUUAGGCUAUAUUUAAUUCCUGUAAUAAUAUCAUCUUAUAUGCAUAUUACUUGUACACACAUGAUGUUUCACAUCUGCCAGG